AUGUCGUCCAACGUCGGCCUCUCAACUCCCCGCGGCUCAGGCACUUCAGGCUACGUACAGCGCAAUCUUUCCGUCCUCAAACCACGCGACGCCGGCGUCGGCGUCCCAUAUACCCUUGACGGCAACAAUCGAGGCGGACCAAAGACCCGCAAGCCCGAUGAGAACAUCCUUAAACACGACCGGCUGCGGGAGAUCGAAGUCAAAGUCCUGGAACUCCACGACACCUUGGAGGACGAGGGCAAGGACGAAACCGAGAUCGAAGAGGAGACGGAGAAGCUACGGGAACGGUUGACUCAGGAAAUGGAGCGUGGUUCGAAGAAAAGCGGUGGUGGUGCUGCCGGUUCCAAGAGUCGGCUCAAGAGUUAUCAGGUGCAUGAGUUAGCCGAGGCCAAGGAGCGCGAGAGUGAGAGGCUACGGAGGGCUUUGGGUUUGAAGGCUGGAGAGGUCCCUGAAGAUGGUGAGCAUCCUAUGGCGAGACAGGAGAAGAGGAGGCGGAAAAGGGAAGAGGAGGAGGCUGAUAUUCCUGCUGGUCCUGCUGAUGACGGACGGUAA